AUGACAUCCACCUUGGUGAAAGGCUUGGUUUUGUACGUCCUGGUGACAAAUUACGUAAUUGUUACAACAGCUAUACUGACCAUUAAUCGACCUCUCCUGGGGUUAUUAAUAGCUGGGUCUGUGCUUGUGCCAUAUGCUUACGGAAACAUGGUACUCACUCCAGAGCUGCUUGCACUACUUACUACUGGCCUCUUACUUGUAACAAUACCUACUUCACAAACAGCCACCCUAGGAAAUCCAACCUGCACAGCCACUGGUUAUGAAUAUAACCCUUUGACAGGAUGCUUUCGUGUUUUUAAGGGCCUUGUUACAAACACAGAAGCCCAACAGCAGUGUAAUGGUGAUGGUGGUCGUCUCCUGCUAGUUAACUCGGAAGCAGAGGCUGAUGUUUUGAUUACGGAAAUGGAAGCUAUACGUUUAUCCGAGGCUCUGGUUCAAGGCUCUAGGAGCAACGCUUCUGAUCCAUGGAAGGAUGAUUCCGGAAAUCCUCUGCCUUAUACGGGAAACACAAUCCGACGGAAUGAUAGAGACUCCAACACAAUCAUAGGCAUGCGGACAGACAAAGACUUUCAAGCACUUAAUCCUUCGACGAAGGUUGAAGGAUUUAUAUGUGAAACUAGUGUUACCUACGUAUGA